UUUGAAUUGUUUGACAGCCCUAAUAUUAAUAUUUCAUGUUCUUCUUUGCAGGGCAAAAUGGUUCUCCAGCUCUCUAAGGAGCCCUCCGCACGCCUGCUGAAGCACGUUGUCCGCUGCUACCUUCGCCUCUCAGACAAUCUCAGAGCCAGAGAGGCCCUGCGUCAGUGUCUGCCCGACCAGCUGAAGGACAGCACCUUCGCCCAGGUUCUGAAGGACGACACCACCACCAAGCGCUGGCUGGCUCAGCUGGUGAAGAACCUGCAGGAGGGCCAGGUUACCGACGCCAGAGGCAUCCCACUGGCCCCCCAGUGAUGAGGAACAAAGUGUGUGUGUUUACUGCUUACACAGACUCAUCCCUCUCUAGAUUUUGUAAUUUUUGCCAAAGUGGCACUCAGACUGUCUGCAAAGGGAAGGACAUAAUAGAGGAAUGUUUGCUUUUGGAUAGAUCAUUUACACCUUUAUUUUCUGCCAGUAUGUCACUUCCACACAAUAAAAAUCUGUUUUUUAAGA